GCUGUCCGUACAGCUGGUGUACCAACGUUGAACGUCGAACGUUGAACCUCCAUCAAUUGGAAAAUACAGAGGCCGUUCACGAACCUGGCAUCACUGUACAACCUUGCCUUCGCGCCCACUUGUUCAACCAGCCGGUAUUUGGCGUCCACUGGACACUUAACGUUCAGAACGCGCUCGUCUUUCUCUGCACUUUACCUCCAUGAACCUCGGGAACCUCUUAGCGAGCAAGCUACACAUCUCGUCCCCUGGCCAUGAUGUUACCUUGGGAAAGACCAUAACGGAGUUUCGCGGAUCUAAGCAGACGUACGACGCCUUGCUCGUCAUCGACGUCGAAGCAACGUGCCAAGCUGGCACAGACUUUGCGUGGCCGAAUGAAAUCAUCGAAUGGCCAGUGUGUUUGAUGCGCUGGAUGGACAAGGACGGGCCUUCUGGCGUCGCCAAGGACCUGCGGAUAGUGGACGAGUUCAGGGCGUUCGUGAAGCCGACUUGGAGACCGGUGCUCAGCAAGUUCUGUACGGAGUUGACGGGAAUCGAGCAGGCAGAUGUCGACUCGGCUCCGACCUUCCCGGAGGUUUUGGCUUCGUUUCGCGGCUUCCUCGUCAAGAACGGGCUCCUCGACGCGGAAACAGACGAACGGCUCUGUCGUUUCUGUUUCUCUAGCGACGGACCAUGGGAUCUUCGCGACUUUCUUGUGAAGCAAUGUUUCAUAUCGAAGAUCGACAUCCCUCCUUGGAUACCUAUCGACUUCUUGGAUACCCGCAUCGUAGUUCAAGGACACGUCCGAAAGGACUUCCCAGAUGGAUCAAGGGUGCACCUCAACAAGCGCGCUCGUAGCCCUUCCAUCGUGGCCCAGCUUCGCGGUCUUGGCCUUGAACCAUUCGCAGGUCGGCAGCAUUGUGGCAUUGACGACGCUCGAAACGUCGCCAGGAUCCUCGCGGAACUGGGGCGCAGGGGCGCGAAGCUCCAACCGAACAGCUCCAUCGACCACAAGCGCAGGUGGCCUUGGAUGGGAAAGAAAGGUCUGAUUCUCGAGGAAUACAUCGCGGGCGCUCCUUAGGCGUAUUGAAGGCGAGGCCCCAUCCCGAGACGCAUGGCGUUACCCCAUGCCAAGGCUAUGAUCGUUGUGUUCACAGUGAUUCGCAUUCAUACGCAGACACCGCUGACCUCCGGUCUCCUACUGCGAGGUCGCGGCUCGCGUCCCCACUCGGCGAGGGCGCCUCCGAACCACUCAUCUGUGACUCAGUAGACGGCGAUUUGCGAGAUAUAUACAUCCUGCCGGCGUGCUAUCGCACCUCCGGCUUGUCCUC